AGCUACAAAAAUCAAAAUCGAUAAAAGAAUAGAAUACAGAAAACAAUGAGCAGAGUGUUCCUCUGUAAAUCGCUCCUCCUAACCCCCUCUCUCUUCUCCUCUCCCCUCACAUCCUUCAAGCCCACCUUCCCCUCUCCUCCUCCUCCUUCUUCUUCUAGGCCCCACCGCAUGGCCACCGAAGCUUCGUCUUCGCCGUCGUCCAACACUACCGGUGACCCAACCUCUUCCUCUCCUCCUUCCGCCUCCUCCGCCAUUGAUUUCCUCUCCCUCUGUCACCGCCUCAAGACGACGAAGAGAGCUGGAUGGGUUAAGAGAGAUGUGAAGGAUCCAGAGUCUAUAGCUGACCAUAUGUACCGCAUGGGCUUGAUGGCGCUCAUUGCUUCAGAUAUUCCUGGUCUCAAUCGUGACAAGUGCAUAAAGAUAGCCAUUGUUCAUGACAUUGCUGAAGCCAUUGUUGGGGAUAUAACACCAUCAGAUGGGGUGCCGAAGGAAGAGAAGAAUCGACGGGAGCAAGAGGCAAUUGACCACAUGUGCAAAUUACUUGGUGGAGGCUCGAUAGCUAAGGAACUAGGUGAACUGUGGUUGGAAUAUGAGAGGAACUCCUCCCCUGAAGCUAAAAUUGUCAAGGACUUUGACAAGGUGGAAAUGAUACUUCAAGCCUUGGAAUAUGAGAAUGAUCAAGGAAAGGACUUGGAAGAGUUUUUCGAGUCAACUGCUGGGAAGUUCCAGACUGAUGUAGGCAAAGCUUGGGCAGCAGAGAUAGCAUCCAGAAGGAAAAAACAAGACUAAAUUCUACGUAAGUUUUACUUAGGGUUUAACAUUUUAACCCCACUAAAGCCUUAACAAUGUCAAGGUGAAAUAGCACACAGGGCUACAACACCAAUUCUGAGCAAGAACAUCAUCAUUCAUUGAUAGCUUGUAGUUCAACAUUAUCUCAAAUACAAAAUGUCUUAUUUUAAUUGAUCUUAAUCAUUUUAUUGUG